AUGGAGACAAGUCGAGCCUUUCCAGCUCCAGCCGAUGACCUCGACACGGUUGGAAUCCCCGUUGCAAACGACCUCGAGCUGGUCAAGCACCGGGCGACUCCUAAACAGGCGUCAGGUGCUGCCGCCGUGUCGCAAGCGAGCCAAAGGCUGCAGGAAGAGCACUCGGAACAUGAUGACAAACGUCCGCUCGGGACGUCUGGGAACACGAAGAGAUGUGCCUAUGCACUGGCAUUCGUCAUGCUGUUCAUCACUGUUUACAGCCACCCCAUGCACCAUCGUUUCCAUGGUCGUGGUGGCAAAAAUGGCUACUACGUCUGGUGGUGUGGCUGGCUUACAGCUGUGGCUACAGGUCUCGGGGCCCUGCCGUUCUACUGGAUUCGAAACAUGGACAAGUACUGGCUGGGGAUCUGCAACGGCCUUGCAGCAGGCAUGAUGAUCGCCGCGACGGGCUGUUUGUUUUACGAAGGGUGGUAUCUACCGCAAGCCGUGGACUACGAGUUCACCAAGGUCUUUCUGGAAGACUAUGAAGAUGUAUCAGUGUGUGGAUUAACGGGUAUCGAUGCACGGAAGGCUUUGCUGAUCAUGGCGGUCAUGACUCUACACUCAGUGUCGGAAGGGAUUGGUGUCGGCGUGUCGUUCGGUGGUGAAGGAGGUAUCCGUCGUGGUCACAUUGUUACUAUGACCAUGGCGAUUCACAAUAUUCCUGAAGGUGUGGCCAUCAGUUUGUCGCUCGUGCCUCGCGGACUGAGCAUCUUUUACGCCGUGUUGUGGUGCAUCAUGUCUAGUGCUCCGCAACCAAUCUUUGCUGUACCAGCUUUCUUGUUCGUUGAGCAAUGGCUGCCUAUCCUGCCUUGCGGUUUAGGAUUUGCAGGAGGUGCCAUGGCUUACGUGGCAGUGCAGGAGUUACUGCCCGAGUCGCUCGAGGACACAAAGUCGAUUCCCACGACGGUAUCAGCCACUGCGUUUGCUUUCAUGGUGUUCUUGACCGUCCAGAUAGUACUCAGCGGCUCCAUCUAG